GACGCAGUAGGACGACCACUGGGGGGCCCCGGUCCACAGAUUGAGAAUCGCUGCUGUAGGCAUAUGAAAAGGGGGUGGGGAAGAGGCAAGUACGCAACCACUCAGGGGCAGACGGGCACUGGAGCAAAAUAUUCAUCCCCACUUAACAUGUCAAUCAGGAUUAAUGCCCUUACAAACCUCUCCUCUAGGCUCAUCCAGGUCCUUCCAGUAGUGGAAGUACCGAAGCCAGGGCAGAGGCGGUAAUAUAUAAGGCAGAGCAGGACAGGACAGGAACACAACACCAAAGCCCAGCGGUUUCAGUAGCGCACACCACGGAGCGUCGCCUGGACUUGUGUUUCACGACUCUGCGUCUCUAGCAGUGGUUGACAGGCGUAAUGACUGAUCACUCACACAUUUCAUUUCGAGAGCGUGAUGCAUGACGACUAACAUGUCAGAGCUCCAUGAAGUCACACACUUCUGCUUUUUAAAUAUUUUUUCGCCAGUGGAUUACUCAUGCAGCACUUUCUGAGGCUGCAGAUCAGAUUGUUUGCAUGCGGUUUGUAAACUUGCAGGAGCUCACAAGUCGCUGUUCCUGCACUGUUGGAGGAUAUCAGUUGUGCUUGUAAAGUUGCAGCGUAAACAUUCUACUUGUCGGGCUGCCCGUGAGCACUUUCCGAGAUGGAGUUGAAGAGCGCCUGUCGUAUGUUUCUUUUCCCGGUUCAAAUGCUCUAUUAUAUAGUCAGAGCAAGUUUGUUUUCGCUGUUGCCAAGCAGAAGGAAGGAUCUGACCAAGGAGGUCAUAUUGAUCACCGGUGGGGGACGAGGCAUCGGGCGUCACCUGGCCAAAGAGUUUGCCAAGCAGGGUGCCAGAAAGGUGAUCUUGUGGGGCCGAACAGAGAAAUGCCUCAAAGAAACAGCUGAAGAGAUCUCUCUCUCUGGAACAGAGUGCCAUUACUUCCUGUGUGAUGUGGCCAAUCGGGAAGAAGUUUACAAGCAAGCCAUGGUGGUUAGAGAAAAGGUUGGAGAUGUUACAAUAUUAGUGAACAACGCUGCUGUAGUCCAUGGCAAAAGUCUGAUGGACAGCGAUGACGACUCCCUUCUGAAAUCCCAACACGUCAACGCCAUGGGACAGUUCUGGACCACAAAGGCCUUUCUGCCUCGAAUGCUGGAGCUGCAGCAUGGUCAUGUAGUAUGCAUAAACUCCAUCCUGUCCCAGUCUGCCAUACCUGGGGCCAUAGACUACUGUACCUCCAAGGCUGCAUCGCUGGCCUUCAUGGAGAGUCUGACGCUGGGUCUGCUGGACUGUCCUGGCGUUGGCUGCACCACUGUACUUCCUUUCCACACCAAUACAGAGAUGUUCCAGGGCUUGAGAGUCAGGUUUCCACAACUCUUUCCACCUCUUAAACCUGAGGUAGUUGCCCAGAGAACUGUGGAUGCAGUCAGAGCUGAAAAAGCCUUCCUCUACCUGCCCUGGACUAUGCAUGCCCUUGUCAUUCUAAAAAGCUUCAUGCCACAAGUCGCACUUGAAGAAAUCCACAAGUUUUCUGGGAGUUAUACCUGCAUGAACACGUUCAAAGGGAGGAUAUGAACUUGGAUCGCACACAACAAGGGAGCCACCUCAACAGCUCUGUGGUGUAAUGAAGGGAAUAUGGACCUUGAGGCUGCAUUCAGACAGGAUCAGGCACUGCGGCAAAUCUCCGCAGGGUUGCGAGGCAGUGUGUGGAGAUAAAAGGGGAGCUGCUGGAUGUGUGUCUAUUUGUGAUGAAUGUAACCACUGUGAAACGGGAAAUAACUUUUUAUUUUGAUUAACUGGCUUUUAUCGAGACUGGCGCUCGCUCACUCCUAUUAACUGUCUAUGUCUCUCAACCAAAGCGCUCUCUCUCCCUCUCUCUCUCUCAAACCACUGGACACAAAACAAAUUAAACUUCUUCAUGUCACUAUUUUGUAGCAUAAAUUGCGAGCCAGACACAGAUUUAGAAGCUGGUACUUGAAAUAAACAAAGUAGUCCAUGAAUCCACCUGGAUAGCCUCAGCUUCAGUGACGUUUCAGGCUGACUGUUGAGGGUUUGACCGGUCUGAUCAUCUGAUUUGCAGCCACAGUGUGGCAUGGACUUUGGAAUGGACUGCACCCUCUCAGAUGAAUGGAAGAACCUGCAUUUUCGCCACAGUGCCAGAUCCUGUCUGAAUGCGGUCUAAGACAUCUGGAGGUGGAGGAGGCCCUGCCAUAGUGUGAUGACAGACACUUAGGGGACAUGCGAAGUGGUUGUUUCUGCAGGUAGAAUUAAUUGAUAAACUGCAGGAUACACCCUGGUCCCAUAUGUAUGUAUGUGUAUAGUAUGGAGACCUGAAUGCCAUUCUCAUUUUGAAUAGAAGCCAUGCAUAGGUCUGUACCAGUAGUUAUUCUGGGAGUUUUUUGUGACACUUGUUUUAGUCUGUUUUUACACUUCUUUUGUAUCCUCCUGUGUCUUUGAAUCAAAACAAGAUAAUAAAAUGGAAUUUUAGAGAUGA